UUCGCUUUAACUGACCGGUUAUCAAAACCAUAGCCCGCCAAACUUUCCUUUUUGCUAUUGCUCUUCUCUCCAAAGUCCAAAGCCUCGCACCUUUAAUUUCUUCCCUCUCCCGCUCUCCGGUCUCCAGGGUUAAUCAGAAUCAGACCACCAAACCCUAUUAAACCCUCUCCGUCGCCGCCAUCAGCGCCAGCAUUUACGGCGAGUCGGCGACCAUGAGUCUAGUAGCAGGUUCCAACGAAAGAUUCAUCUGGGGCUUCAAACUCAAACCCGUAACCACCGAACAAUCCCUAACCUUAGCUCCCCUCUUCUCCUACCCAUCCCACCAAUCCGCAAUCCUCUCCGCUGCCGCCGCCGGUCCAAUCGCCGCAUCUGGAUCCUCCGACGACACAAUCCACCUCUAUGACUUACCCUCCGCAGCUUCCCUCGGCUCGCUCUACCAGCACACGGCCUCAGUCACCGCCCUCUCCUUCUUCACCCCACCUUCACUUUCCUUCCCCCGAAACCUAAUCUCCGCCGACGCCGACGGCUACGUUUGCAUUUUCGACGCCGACCCUUUCGUCCACCUCAAGACCGUGCGGGUGCACAAGAAGCGGAUCAAUGACCUGGCCGUCCACCCUUCCGGUAAAUUGGCGCUUUCUGUUGGGAGGGAUGACUGCUUGGCGAUGUUGAAUUUGGUGAGGGGUAGGAGAAGCUUCUACUGCAGGCUUGGCAAGGAAGCUAGCUUGGUGAGGUAUGGCUUGGAUGCUGAAAAGUUUUUCAUGGCAACGGAGGAGAAAGUUGGGGUUCAUGAAACUGAAGAUGCCAAGCUUGUGACUGAGCUUCAAUGCCCCAACAGGGUUCUUUGCGCCGCCCCUGGAGAGAAUGGGCUUCUAUUCACUGGUGGUGAGGACAAGAAUAUUACAGCAUGGGAUACUAAAACUGGGAAGGUUGCUUACUGCAUUGAAGAUGCUCACAAAUCGCGUGUGAAAGGUAUCGUAGUUCUCACCAAGAACAAUGGUGGCGUCGAUGACCCCUACCUAUUAGCGUCAGCGUCCUCAGAUGGUGUUGUGCGUGUGUGGGAUGUUCGUAACUCCAUGAAGGAAGAAAAGGCAAAUCCACUAGCUGAGGCAAGCACAAACGCGAGGCUUACAUGUCUUGCUGGGUCAUCAAUCAAAUCUUUCAAACGAACGCGAGCAACAUCCCAAGAGGACCAAACUGCUGCGCUGAAGAAUCCCAAGAGAAAAUCCGACUCAACAUCUGGUGAGGAAUCGUAAGCUAUCUCCAUGGCCAUUGAAGUUGGUGAACGUAAGGGUGAUGCAACGAUAGCGUAAGCAGAAAACGGGAAAUUGGUCCAAAAAUGACAUAAUGGAAACAAGGAAGAAAAGACAGCCCAUAUGAUUAUGAAUGAAUGAAGUGGUUGCCUGCCUCUCUGCCUGCUGUGCUGCCAGAAACGAAUUGCCAUCAUUUCAGUUUCGUCCUCAACUUUUAUUUUUUUCAUUUUAUGUUGUUUGCUAGAACUGAGGAAAGCGAUGGGUAAUCAUUUUCCAUCACUUUCGCCUUUUCUUUGCUCUUGGCCUUGUGCCCAGGUCGUGGUCCAUUAGGAGAAAACCCCCCAAAAAUAGAGUGAAGAUUUUGUGUAUAAAAGCCUUUAUUUUAUUUUAUUACAUUUUCAAUACUUGGACUAAUAUUGGAAGCCACAAACAUAUAACCCCAGAAGUAGGGGCAGACCCAAAAUUCUUGAUGAAGUGUGUCGGCCGAUAAAAAUAAUAAUUUUAAAUUACGCAAUUUCAUUUCUUUUUCACUGCUAUACACAAAGGUUUUUCAUAUUCCGAAAUGUUUGUAAAAUAUAUUUAUUGCUUAUUUUGUGACUCAGUUUUUAAUGUAUAUAAUUAAAUAAUUAUUCAUAAAUUGUUCGCUCGUUAGAUUCCUAAGAUUGUUCUUAAUUUACUUUAUUGCUAAAAUAGUCCAUUCACACAGCAGCUUGUAGUUGCAAUAGGUAAAGUCAGUACAAAUAACUAAAUGAAUGCAGGUAAAAGCGCCAUUGCUCGUGCAUGCAUGCACUUCCCAUUCUCAAGAAGAAAGCAUUACUUAAUUAGUUACUUCAUUAAUUAUAUUAUGUAUAUAUAUAAUAAAAUGCAUCAAGAGCUAGCUAGCCAGCAGUGGUCACAGCCAUGGACGACUGACUGCUCGGGAUCUCAUCAUCAUUAUCGUUAUUCCCAUGGAGCUAGCUAAGCCAACAAUGAAUUAAUCAGUACAACUAACUAAUUAAAUCAUCAUCUUUGAUAUGCUAAAUUACCAUACAUAUACGUACAUAUAGUAGGUAGGCUUAUUAAUUAUAUCUUGCUUAGACAGACACUGCAGAUUAAUUAGAAUGAGGUUUAAUUUGGACACCAAUCAUCAGAAUGGGCCUCCUCCGAUGGCCGGAGCCCAAUAAUCUGCUCCGACGACCUCGCUUCCUCCGACGAGUUGCGUGCAUGUCACCGGAACCAAACAUAGCCCUCUGCUCCUCAAGUCUCUUGGCUUCACUUCCUGCUUCAUUCAUGAUGUUGUAAUAAUUUAAUUUAGCUUAAAUUCAACAAAAGUAAGAUGGCAAUGGUAGCAGCAAAAGAGCUGUAAGUCAAUUGAAGGAGAAGAAAGGUUCAAUGCAUAUCCACAAAGUGUUACGUACGUGAAGAAAAGGAGGAGGUAAAAAGAGAGGUUUGAGAGGGGCUCUGUCCUCCCUAAUUUGCUAGCUUUUUGUAGUUUCGCUUUCGAGCUUUAAUUUUCUUUUUUUUAGCUAUAUAUUAGCUAGGUAGGUGAUCAUUGACACAUUUAACAAAACUAGCUGGACUGUUUUUUUUUUCCAGUUAAAAGUAAGGGUUAAUACUUUAAAAUGGGUCGAACUUUAUGCUAAAAGAAUAAUCUGGUCUGAUUUUUUUUUUUAAAUAUUAAUCAUCACAAUUUUACACGAUUUAGAUUACUUUAGCCGGGUUCUUGAAUUUCCUUCAAGUUAGAUGAUCAACAUAUUUGGUCUUUAGCGCUAAUAUGGAUGCCAUGUAGACAAUAGAAACUAAUAAAAAUUUUAAUAAUUU